GUGACGUGUUGUUGGGAGUGCAAUUGAAAAUAUUUAAACGAAAAAGAUUCCUACCCGCUUCCAAACAAAAUCUCGAGUAACGCACCUUUCUCCACACAAAAAGCAAAAACAUAAUCGCGCUUUUCAUUUUAACAAAUUCACCAACCUCGCUUCCUCAAUUUUUGGCACCGUGAAGAUGAAACUUGUUCCAUCACCAAUGCAAUCCAAUUGAUUCUACCUUUAUUCCAUUCUCUUCCGGAUCAGUGAGGAGAGGGGAAAAAAUGGUAAAAUCACCACAAUAUGAUAGAUUUUCCAAGGAUUUUGUAAUGGGAGGCGCGGCGGCAAUUAUAUCGAAGAGUGCAGUAGCGCCGAUUGAGAGAGUGAAGCUUUUAUUACAAAACCAAAGUGAAAUGAUUAAAAGAGGACAGCUCAAAAGACCAUACCUGGGUGUGGCUAAUAGCUUUAAGAGGGUCUUCGCGGAAGAGGGUCUGGUUGCCUUUUGGAGAGGUAAUCAGGCCAAUGUUAUAAGAUAUUUCCCCACACAGGCUUUCAAUUUUGCAUUCAAAGGUUACUUCAAAAGCAUCUUUGGAUAUUCCAAAGAGAAAGACGGGUACAUUAAGUGGUUUGCUGGGAAUGUUGCUUCAGGCAGUGCUGCAGGAGCGACUACUUCAAUGCUUUUGUAUCAUUUGGACUUUGCACGUACAAGAUUGGCUACUGAUGCUGUCGUGUGCCAUGUUACUGGUCAGCGUCAGUUUAAAGGACUAAUUGAUGUAUAUCGUAAAACAUUAUCAAGUGAUGGAAUUGCUGGCUUGUACAGAGGAUUUGGGGUUUCAAUAUUGGGAAUCACCAUGUAUCGAGGGAUGUACUUUGGGAUCUAUGACACCAUGAAGCCUGUUGUUUUAGUUGGCGCUUUUGAGGGGAACUUCUUUGCUAGUUUCUUGUUAGGUUGGAGCAUCACAACUGUAUCUGGUGUCUGUGCAUACCCUUUUGACACACUGCGGCGGCGUAUGAUGCUAACCUCCGGACACAAGAUCAAGUAUAAUAAUGCAAUGCAUGCAUUUCGUGAGAUUGUUGGACAAGAGGGUUUCUUAGCUCUAUUUCGAGGAGUUUCCGCAAACAUGCUUCUUGGAAUGGCAGGAGCUGGGGUGCUUGCUGGGUACGAUCAGCUAAACCGUAUCUCAUCUAGACACAGCAACAAUAAUGAAGCAAACCAAAGAGUUCUGAAAUAAAUGACUGAAUCAUGGUGGAAUUUUCAAGGGAGAAAUGCAUUUUUGGACCUAAAAAGCAUAUUUAACAAAAGUAACACAAACAACAAACAGUCUUGUGGAAAUGAUAGCAGCCAAAGGUACUUGUUCUAUAAAAAUCGGAACUUCAGCCAGAGCUUUGAACAUGAUUAACUUGGAUUUAGGUCCUUAGAUUUCAUUCUCCCUUUUGUAAACUACAAAUUCUUAAAUUUAGAUAGACUUUAGUGCCUUAUUGACACACAAGGAAGGGCAGUUGAUGCAUAUUUAAGACUGCAAAUGCAGUCAACUUGUCUGUUCCAAUGAAUGCUGUUCAUAUGAGGUUUUUAAACUCAUUGCCACACUUCAAUUAUUUAGUUAUUACUAUA